AAUGUCAGCUCAGAUUUUCCCUGAUUUCUUAUAUGACCCUGAACAAAUUACCUAACCUCCCCACACUCAGUUUCAUCCUUUGUAAGAUUAGGCAUCUACUUUGUGGGGUUAAGGCUAAACUCAGAAAUGGUUGGACAUUGUAUAAAUUUUAGCUAUUGCUGCUGGUUUUUAUGUUCUUUUUCCCUUAAGUUAAAAAAUAGUCUACUGUCUUUAGUGUUCAUAAAGUUUCACUGUCAUUUUAAGUUGAAAUCUUAAAUGACCUAUUUUCAGUUGCAGUUUGGAGCUCAAACUUUAAUAUUUCAUUUUAUAUACUUACAAAACAGCAGCAUGGUUUCAACAGCAGCCUCUGGUAGAGAAUAAUAAGAUCAAGGGUUCUAUUACAUAUGUGGAUGCACACAUGUCAUGGUGUCCUGUGAGCCUGUGACAUUCAGGACAGUUGAAGGGUUCUCUUCCUUCAGCCAAGUAGGUUGCAAGGUUUCGGCUCAGGUCAUCGGACUCGGUAGCAAGCACCUUUUACCCACUGUUACUUUGCCUGUCACAGGUGGUUGUAUUUUAAUGAUAAUAUUUUAUAGCGUUGCUGAGCCAAUAAAGACUGUAAAGUGAGUUCUAUAAAAUGUGCUUAGUUAGGCAGUGCUUCUGAAAUGGUAAUGGAAUAACCUGGUAUCUUGGAUCUUAUAUCCUGGGUGGGCACGUAGGUAUUUUCCUCACAGAAUUAGAGUUGACCUGCAAAACGAUGGGUUUUGGGCAACAAUGGAAAUUUUGUAUCAUUUGAAAUCUUAAAUUAUAACAUGUAGGUGGUUUAAAAAUCACAGGCCCAUGAACUUGCUGAGAAGGGUGUUGGUUUGUAAAACUUAUUUUGACAAAACUUGAAAGCAAGUAGUUACUAAGUGGUGUAUACAUAAAUUCACUUCAUUCUAGUCAGUGGCAAAGAUGUGUGUCUGUCCUGUGCUUGGGGAUUUUUGUUUAGUAUUUGAAACUUUUAUACAUAUAUCAUUUUUCUCCCUAGUGCCCCAGACCCUUGCGUGCUCUCUCUUCCUCUCCCUUGGUCCUCCUCUCUCUCUCUCUCUUUUUUUUUUUUGUUUACUUGCUUGCUUGUAUUUUGUUAAUAACCCAUACAUACAUGGAUAUAGGGAGUGACCCCCUUGACUGCCAUCAGCUACAGAUAGCUUGUAGGAGGGUGGGAGCGCAGAGGUCCCUCCAUUCUGGAAUUGUGACCGGUUGACCGCUGACUCUACAGAUGCUGUGAGUUGGUGUGUGUGGUAACCACCUUUAGAACAGCAUUCACAUCACAUGGCACUCUUGCCUACAUUUCUUUGCAGACUGUGAAAUUCCCUGUACUUUAGGUAGUAGGGCUCCUAUAGAGGACUCAGACAGCUGAGCACAUACUCAUUUAUACUCAGUCUUUUAGCCGGUUAUGAAUCUCUGCAUUAACCAUGACCCACUGCAAAACAACAGCUUUUCUGACCAAAUUUGAAAGCAACGUUAGGCUAUGGGUGUUAGCAUAUAUAUCUGGAAGUUAGCAUGACAUUUUAGCAAAACAGAUUUUGCCUCCUAGGGCUUAGGAUCUCCCAAGUUAAAAGCUUCUCAUAAUACCAAAUAGGAAACCCCUCCUGAGCACAGACUGUAUCCAUUCUGAAAGCGCUUAGUUACCUUCAUAAUCUUCUUGCCUGUCAUUGCACCAGUGACCACAUGUUGCCCAGAAGCCAGUAUUGGUAGCAUUUGGGUGCAGCAUCAAAUAAGCAAUAGCCUACUCAACACCUAGCACUGUGUAAGUUAGCCCAGAUGGCCAGUGGCCUGGCCAUCUCAAAGUUGGUUUCUGUAUGCCCUGAGCAAUAGUGUUUUGCCAUCAAGUUAUGGUGUACAACAAAGAGCCAUGGCACAGCCUAUUUGGGCUGCCUCUGGGGCCUACCAGACUAGUAAGUCAAGAUCCCGUUCUUGGCACGGAGAUUGUCAUUUAAACAUAUCUUCUGCACACAACAUUGUCUACUCAGGUUUGUUCAAAUUCCUUUCAUAUGUAAUAGGUUACAACUUACUUCCGUAAGACGUCGUGUAUCCUUAGUUUUGUCUGGCACCCCCCCACACACACACACCCUCUCCUUACACCCAUCACCCUGUUUUCAUUUAAUUCCAAGGAUCCUCUUCCCCCUGUAUUCUACUGUCCCCUCUAGUAGGGCUUUUCCCCCUUUGGCUAGAAGAUCCUGGGUUCCCAUACAGCUCUCCCAUGUUCUCUUCUCCUUGGUUGCGUUUUCUCCCCAUCAUGUUUUCCUCAUUCCCCAUCCCCUCUAUGCCUCAGCCUUUCCUCUCCCAGUAUCCUCUCCACUUUCAUUUUACCUGUAUUUGACUAGUCUCUCCCUUAAGGCAUCCAGUUCCAAUGGCUCAUUUCCAGUUUUCUGGCUUCCACACGUACCCCAGGUUAAACAUAAAACAACAACAAAAAGCUAGGAUCCACAUAUAAAAGGAAACAUAGCUUUUCUCUUACUUUCCCUGGGUAACCGUUCUAUUUUUUUUUUAGUUCUAUUUACCAUUUAUGAAAAAAAAUAUAAUUUUCAGAACUAUUGUGUACUAAGUCAUUCGUCGGUUGAUAGAAAUCUUGGUGAUGCCAUUCCUACCUAUUGUGAGUUGGGCUUAUUCAGAGCUGCCGAGGUCAAGAUAUGACAGCAAAUGCUUUCGAGGAUAUGGGUAAAAGGGAAUCAAUCCUUGGACCCUGUUGAGUGUAAACUAGUAGUCACUCUGGAAAUCAGUCUGGGGGUUUCUCAAAACCCCAACUCUAUUAUUCCUCACCAUAUUCCAACAGCACUUUCAUCCUACUGCAGAGAUACUUAGCAUCCAUCAUUACUCUUACCAAUUUUCUUAAGGUUAUGCCUGCAUGCUAGAAGAGGGCACCAGAUCUCAAUCUCCUUAUAGAUGGUUGUGAGCUACCCUGAGGUUGCCGGGAACUGAACUCAGGUCCUCUGGAAGAACAGCUAGUGCUCUUAACCACUGAGCCAUCUCUGCAGCCAGCCUGUACCUAUUUUUAAUAAGGCUAGUGAAAUGACUCAGCAGGCAGCAUGCCUGAUGACUUUAGUUGGAUCUUCGGGAACCCACCUGGAGGGAGAGAGCAGACUCCUGCAGACUCCCUCUAACUUCUGCGUGUGUGCCCAUAUGUCUUUUUCUUUUAAGUUUAAUUAUGUAUUUAUAUUUUAUAAAUGAGUACUCUGCAUAUAUACCUGCAAACCAGACUUCAGAUCCUAUUAUAGACAGUUGUGAGCCACCAUAUGGUUGCUGGGAAUUGAACCUGGGACCUCUGGAAGAGCAGACAGUGCUCCUAACUGCUGAGCCAUCUCUCCAGCCCCUCCAUAUGUCUUUUUUUAAGGGAGUGGGGCUUCAGAGAGCAUUACAAGAAAGAAGAAGCAGGUCAGCACAGUUACAUUUUGAAAUCAUGUUAAAUAGGUAGAUCUUGGCAAUGCAGAAUGACUGACUAGAUGGUGAAUAGAAUUCAAGAAUGAUCUGUUUUCAAGACUGAAAUUUGGUGUCCCUGAAGGAAUUCUUGGCGCCAAGUGGAAACAGAAUGAGUGGCCAGAGGCACGUCAGUCUGAAAGCUUGCAACUGACCACCAGUAACCAGGAGUAGUUCAAUAGUGUCCAGAGAAGGCCCUGGACCUUGCUGAUCUUGGAACACAGUGCUUAAGGCAGAGACCCUCAUUCCUAGAGGUACAGAAUUUGGAAGUCUUGACAACCCUUUUCUUCAGAGCUUGAGUCACCCUUCAGAUGUCAGCACACCUGAGUGACUCAUGAACUAGGGUGGUGUUUUCUGUCAGACAUGCUUAAUAGUUGGAGCACAAGGAAUAACACUUAGAUGACUCAAGACUAUCCAGAAAAUAAAAAAAAUCAUCUGUAGUGCUUUUAACGAGUUCUGGGAAGUGUUGGUAUUUCUGGGAAGACCAGAGGCAACAGGUGUGGGGAGUGGCAAUCUACGCAGCAGAGAACUCGACUCCACUGCAGGACCCAAUCAAAUACUGUGUUGUGUUGGAAGCUAUAAAGUCUGCAGGACUUUUUAAGUAGACUAAUGCUUCCUAAAGCUGAAAGAAGUUUGGGGUCAUCAAGAUGACUUGGUAGGUAAGCGUACCUGAGUGUGAUUCCUAGGACCCGUGUGGCAGAAGGCAAGAACCAACUUGGGUGUGCUGUCCGCCCAUCUUCACAAAGGCCUCGCAGCUCAUACACGCUGCAUGCGUGUGCCUACACACACAGGCACAAAAUGACAAACACCAAACUACAGAAAGGAGAUUUUUUGUUUUUUUACUUGUAAAUUAGUGAGGAUACAGGUAAUUUGGUAAGAAAAUGGGUAGUCUGGUAUAUUUUAGCAUAUCAUAACUGCCUCUGGUUAUUUUAUGUGUAUGAGUGCUGUGCCUGCAUGAAUAUAUAUGCACCAUGCAUGUGUCUGCUGCCCUCUCUGGCCAGAUGCCAGAUUCCGUGGAACUGGAGUUAGAGACAGUUGUAAGCUACCUUGUAAGUCUGAGUCAAAUCCAAGAGUCCUCUGGAAGAGCAGCCAGUGCCUGUAACUGCUGAACUUUUCUCUCCAUUCCCUGGGUAAUAUUUAAGCAUGGAAUGCGUAUAGAGAGGUGGCGGGAACCAUCGAAACACUUGAUAGGAAGCUCCUAGGGAAACAGUCAGACCCACUGCGGCACUGGCCUUUAAGCUUUCAGUUCUCCAUGGCCCAGCAUGCUUUGCAACCUUGAGUCUAGGACUGCCCAUCUCCAGCAGCUCCACAUGUCUCUAUCCUAUUCUGGGGCUUCCAGUGGUGGGGAAGCGAGGAGACACCUCUCCUGGGAAAGCUGCUGGUGAGUAGCAAGGGAUAGAGAGAUGCCAAUAGUUUUCAUCCUGAGCCUUCUUGCUGUUCUUCAACCCGAAGCAGAAACCUUUGCCACUCACGCUCUGUCCAUACCCUCCUUUUUUCCAGAGCUAUUAUGGGCUCUGCUUGUCCUCACCUCCAUCACAGUCCAUGUGUCCAUGGCUGGUGACGGCACAUGCACUCUGGAGGCAGAGGCAAGCCGAUCUCCAAGAUCCAACCUGGUCCAGAAACCUCCAGGACGGCCAGGACUACAUGGAAACUCUGCCUUGAAAAAAAACAAUAUCCACAUGUACAAGUGUUGUCUGUCCCCUGUUAUUACUAAGGAAGACCUGAAAUUCAAGGUGUGUGUGCCUAGGGACAGGAGAAGGUUCCUACCAAAGCAUCAGAUAUCCUUUAACAUGGGCGGUGCCUGCAUACCAUCUGGAGACAGGUCGUGAUUGGAAAAGAAAGAGCUAGCCACCUUAUUUCCGGAUCUAUAUCCUAAGAAAGUGAAGUCAGUACGUGGAAAAGGUAUCUGUGCUCCUGUAUUCCUCACAGCCCUGUUCACAACAGCCACGGUAGAGAAUCAACCUGAGUGUCCAUCAGUGGCUGAGGAAAGAAAAGGCAUCUGGUAUAUAUGUCUAACAUAAUCCUGCUGGCCCUGAAAAGGGUAAAUUUGCCAUAAACAACAACCUGGGUAUUGUGUUAAAUGAAAUAAACGAGGCACAGAGCUGAGAGGUGGUGCCGCAGGUGGAUCUCUGUGAGUUCAAGUCCGGCCUAGUCUACAGAGCAAGUUCCAGGACAGCCAAGGCUACACAGAGAAAUCCUGUCGGGGAGGAGGGGGAGCGGAGCACAGAAAAGAAAGUUCAUAUAUGAACUCUAAAACCAUUACACCAGCAAAGCAGUGAACGGUAGGUGGGCUGUUUCCAUCACGAGCACACACAGACUGGCAUCCCAGCUCCAACACCAACCUGCAGUGGUCAUGGAAGUGCAGAGAAAACAGAAGAAAGUCUUCCUGCAAGCCCUUGUGGGGUAGUAGAGGACACGACAUUCGGAAAACUUACCUGUCAGUGAAGUACACCCCAGAGCAGCUGCUGCCUCCAUGGAAAUUCAGGGUGGCCCCAGAAUCGAGGCUGUUGGAGAACUAUCUGGGGACCAGGAGGUAAUCUGAAGCUUCACCACUGCAGUGAGAACAGAGGCCAGCCACGCCCUUGUUAAGGGUAGGGACUGAGGGAACCUCCACAACCACACCCCAACCCCACCACAUCCAUAGCCUUGUUAUUAGCAACAUAAUGUCCGCAUGCAGGCGAGAACAAGUGCAUAGAAUGAAGGCCUAUGAGGAAACGGAGUUCAGGGUAGCUGUAGACAAUGCCAUCUUGCUGGUUUUCCUCCUCACUGCACAUGCACACUAGAACUCUGAGGGAGAACAGCGGCUCUUUGGAACCUGAUUAACCUAGCUGCAGGUGAGAGACCAUCGGAGGACUGCAAGACCAAGUGAAACUUCACAAUCCCCCAAGCAGGGAUCAAGCAGAAGGCGAAUUCCAUGCAGCCCAGAGGAAGGGCUGGGGCCUGAAACCUCUUGUCACCCUCCGUUAGCGGCUGCUCUGAGGUUUGCAAAGCACACAAGAGGGAGAGUCAUUUCUGAUCAACCACGAGGUCUCUAAAGAAGAGGUAGGUGCCGCCUGAGGUAUGGAACUCAGGCCAAAGAGUGAGCAAGCUGGGCGGGGAGCCUGAUGGCAGCUUUGUCCGACAGCAGCUUUGUCCUCCCUGCUCCUAGAAACGACAAAUAUGAUUUGAAAUGUUUCCUUCCUUAUAAAAUCCCCCUUGUUUUAGGUGUGCCUUCAGAGAGUCUCUUCUCAGGAUGGCUGCCAAGUUUUCAAAGUCAUCUUUGGAAAUCAUCCAAAUCUGGGCAUUUCUUUUCUUCCAUACUAAAAUUGCAUAUGCUUGAGACUAACAGGUGUCCCUAUGAAGACACUGCUCCCUCUCACCUCAGCUCGGCAUGCGAUUCUGAACGUUCUGAAAAGCCAGAGGUGUUUCUUCCUUUUUUAAAGUAAGAAGUUAACAGUUAGCUCUGAAAUGUUAAAAGUGAAAAUCUGGGAAGCGUGGUUGUCCCUGGGGCUGAGCUUGGAGUAUAUGUUAUAUACCCUGUAUUAUUUUAAUUUGCCUCAAUACGGUCUUGUGAGCAUUUGAAAAAGAGGCAGAAUCCCAACACAGGACUCAGUUCUUUCCCCGAAACUUGUGACCCUAGAAAAACCUGCAGAUGUGAGAAUUGUGUGUUGUGUGGGUGUCAAGCAGAGCUCCCAAGAUAGGCAAUUCCCUUAACUGAACACUGUCCUUGUGAUUUUGUCUUGUGAUGAGGAACAAGCUAUGCUAAGAACCAAAAGUCUGUUUCUGGUUUCAUAGUGGGGUGCUGAGAAGUCCCAGGAGGAUGAUGGGAGACUGGCCUACUGGGUCAGAAGACCCAAGCAGCCCUCCCCUAAUUACUAUGCAGUCUGUGUCAGGAACACUUCCAGAGCUGGUGCCCAGGAAAGAGGUGGGGAACCACUGUUAGAAAAAGGGUGCAUAUUUUCUAGAGGUGAUAACUGAGGGGAAAGAGCAACUUAGCUGGAAGAAAGGUAAGGACUGGUCUAAUAAGACGUACCGUCCUACAGACCAGGAACCUGAACUAGUUUCUGUGGGUGAACUAACUGUAAAGUUCUUCCACACCUAUAAAAAGCAUGGGCUACUGGUCCAGAUGUCCCCUGAACGUGUUUUCUCGUCAACCAUUCUGAGCACGAGCCGAAACUGCUUCUCUGUCCCCACAACAAACAGAGCCCCGGGGUUAAAUGUACCAUGGGACAGGCACCAUCAACAGGCGAUGUCUCACUAGUCUACCAGGAUCCCAGAGAGCUGGAUAGAACGUGACACCCUCCUAUGAGACCUGCUAGGUUAGGAACCAGAUAUCUAUUCCUCGAUCACAAGAAAUAUGUCCUAUCAAGACAAAGGAGAGUUGUCACCGCACCGUAAGAGCAAUCUCAAGUUCCAUGUGUGUUCACACAGGCAGGACAGACGCAUUAAGGCUCCAGAAACCUGGAUGGUUUCCAGAAGGGAGUUCCUACAGGCUGGCCCACCUUCCAACACUUCACACUUCUUAAGCCAGAGUCACCUGCUGCCCUGUGCCCACCCAUGUGGAGAGCCCCUCCCAUAUAUGUUCCUUGUACUCUCUUGGCUGCAAGGACAUGGUUAUGCUUUGUUUCUUAGGUUUGGAUCUGAGGGUGUGUAGUGUAGUUAGUUCUCCUUUCCUAGUUAACCUCUUCAUGCCAGAGCCUUAAUCUUCCAAUCAUAGCUGGAAUGAAAGCCUGCCCUAGGGCCAGGUGACCAGGUGCUUUCCACUCUCAACCCAACCAAGGCAUGGCGGAGCUCUGUGCCACCCUCAGCCGCUCAGAGAUGCCCACAAGUUACAAAGAUGCCACAGACCUGCAGUGUCUACUCUGCUCUCCCUUGGCUCUGUGGGUUCGGGCCGUCUGUCUGUCUCUCAGACCUCACUCUGAGAUCUAGCAGUCAACACCAGCCACCAUCAUCGCCACAGCAGCCAGGAAAGCCUGGGAGAGAAGAUUCCUGAGCCGGGUCUGGAAGGAGGAGCAGGAACUGAUUCAGGAGUUUGUCCAGAGUUGGGUAAAGGCCCAGCAGAGUGUAUGGGAAUUGCCCACCGACUAUCUCUCAUAGUCUGGAGAUCUCCUGGUUUCUCUUACCCUCAAGACCAGGGCCUGGUACUUGCUGAGAUGCCCAUGCAGUAUUGCUGAAGGUGCCCAGUGCUUGCCCUGCCCCAAAGGAAGCUGCACUUCGUUCACUCCCUAGGCUUGGGCAUGUGUCUUCAAUACCACAUUCCUAACAGACCAUUCCUAACAGAAAAAAGAGCCCUAGGUGUCAAGUCAUCUGUCUACCCAACCAAAAGACACCAUGCCUCCCUUUUUCGUCUUGGCCCAUAUAACUCCUCUGUGUUCCAGGAAGUUCACCACAACCUGAAUGAUCUGCCAUACCAGCCACUGCUCUACCCCACCCUGUCUGCUCCAUCUCUGCACAGCCUUCUCUGCUUCCUCCCGAAAAUGACUAGACAACAUCUUUCAUGGCAUUCGGCAUGAUACGAUGUAGGGUGACAGUCACCUCUUUGCACAGCCACCUCCCGGGCCAGGCACAGUGGUGGAGAGCACAUCUCAGUGAAGGGCAUGUGUCUAAGGGAUGGGUGACCUAGCAUCCUGUAUCUGUGACACGUUUCCUUAUUCCUCCAAUCAAAUUCUCCCCGUGCCAUGCCUUGCUCAGGCGAAUGUGUGACACUCUUUUUAUCUAAGAACCUUGCCAGUUGCCCACCAGGGGCUAGCUGUGGCCACCACACAAUCUAACAAUGGCACGAGUGCCCCGCUUGGUACAGACGACGUCUGGAGCAUGUUCUCAUGCAGCUCUGUAUCCAACCACAUAUGGACAGCAGACCCAGCGACAUUUAAUGACAGCAAGUUCAAGAUAACGCUGCUGAUAAGUGGGAGAGAAAGGAUUCAAACCCAGACUGUUUGGCUCUCCCUAAGGCUUUGCCUGUGGUUUUAUGGCUCCUUUCCCAGCCAUAUUUGCAAGAAAGCAGGAAGGUCUUCAUUUGAUGGAAUUAUUGCUGACUCUAAAAGUUAACGUUCAACCCCGGACAGUGGCUUUUCCUUCUCUAACCACUGAGAUCACCAUAGCACUCAGGGCUACACAUUGACAAGUCCCUGCAACAAGUCACCUAAUCCUUCUGGCUUCUUGAAGAGCUGGUUUAUUGUCCUGUUGGGAGGGGCUGGGUGUGCUUAGGAGACUUCUAGGGCUGGGAAGCCUUUCUAUGGAGGAACGCCUCUCUCUGUCAGUCUAUAAAUGUCUUCAGCGGCCAAAAGGAGGCCUUCUGUGGCGCUGCUCCCUCCCUAGCUUUGAGACUCCAGCUAUUUCACCAUGAGACUUCUAGCCCUUUCCAGUCUGCUCUGUGUGCUUCUUCUCUGCUUCUGCAUUCUCUCCUCAGAAGGGAGAAGGCAUCCCCCCAAGUUCUCAAAAUCCAGACUCUGCUGCUACCCUUUUCCUAGAGCCAAACAGGCAAACCGGAAAGCCUCGGCUAUGCAAGAAGUUGUCCUCACCGUGGGAAACAAAAACAGAAACUACACCAGGAUCUGCAGGCUAUGCAAAAGCAAGGCACCAUCCAACUCCUGGGUGGUGCCCGGUGCGCUCCCACAGGUAUAGAGCACCUGAAGCCUGGCUGCGCCCAGAUGACCUUCAUGCCCAGCUGUGGAGACUCCAGAAGCCUUGAUUUGUCCCCUGCCAAUUUCCAUGGCACCAGUGAACUGUGACACUGGGAGGCUUCACGGCAGAGACCCAGGAACAUUCCAGCAUUCUCUAAGUUCUAGUUCCAAUGGGACCACCAACCUUCAGAGUCACUAUGAUCCAGGCUCAGCCCACAUGUCUUCAUGGCUCCUCCAAAGUGAAAGUCAAAGAUUCCUCCUGUGGGAGCUACAACUCCAGAGAUUUCAAAGGUGGCCAGAGUACAGAAUAGCAAGACCUCUGUGUGAUCAGCCAGGACUACAGCAUCUCAGACACCCACAGACAGUCCCAAAUUCCUAGCCUUUAACCAAUGGCCUCCAAACCAACUCCUGUAACUUCCUGAUGUUUGUCAUUAGGAGAGCACCAAAAUAAAUAAAUAAAUAAAUAAA